CGGAGUAGUUUUCUAUCGAAGGGGAAAACUAGAAGUAGAUGCUUUUGAUGAAUCAAGAGAAGUGAGCGAAGAUGAUCUUCUGUCAUGCGUGAAAAUAUCGUACAACACCAAGAGCCAUGCACGGGCUCCAGCUAUUAGGUAUUUGUUCACCUUGAUUCAAAUUUCUGCAUAGAUAAAAUUGGUGGGUCGACGUCGGCGGCUUAUUCCAGUAUGGUGCCAAUGUACAGCUACAGUCCGUCUCCAUUCGCCGCUUCUUCUCCGAACACACUAAUAAAUACAGGAGGUGGCACGACAACAACUGCAGGCUCGACUUUCGCAACACUGGAGCUGGGACAUCCAGCGGGAGUUGGACACCAGCACCUGAUCCCGCCGCAGCCUUUUCUUCACGACCCGACGCACGACAAAACGUCGAAAUCACGACCCAUGCCGCAGGUUCUCGCACCAGCGUUGAAAAAUAUCACGACGACUGUGGAUUCCCUUCCAAACACGUCCACCGCACCGGGCCGCAGUGUCGGGGGCUUCGUGUUUCCGCGAACUGUAGCGCAAAAUGCGGGGACGGAUGGUGCAACUGCUGGCGUGGCUUUAUCCGGGGCGGGAACAUCGUCUUCAG